AUGCAGGCUGUGGGACUGCCUUGCGUGAAGCUGCUCGUCGAGGGUGUCUUGGGCGCCCAGCGCUGCCCGGUAGCCGGUACCCGGGGGACAUACCGCACGGAGUGGGGAGCCCCAUUCGAACGAGUCUGGAUCCAGGGCACGGUCUGUGAGCGCACAGACGCGGGCUUGAAUCUGAAGGACAGCAGCGGCGCCGUGAUUGCAGUGGUGGUGACGUCGCGGUUGCCGGGCUUGGACCUCGCCUCCAUCGUGCCAGGAGACUACUGCCUGGUGGUGGGCCCCGUGGCCGAGGACCCCACUGGACCCCGCUACGUCAGAGCUCACAAGGUGAUCAAUCUAACGGCGGAGCUGGUGGACGUGGUACUGCGAGCGGAGCAGUGGCAGGCCGAGGUCAAAGAGGCCUGCGCCCUCCCGCUUGCGCCCUGA